AUGCCCAGGGCAAGACCACCGCCACCAGCGUUUGCUCCACCGCCUGGACAUGAGCCAUGGACGCAGAUGAAGAGAGUAUCCAUAGAAACUUUCACAGGCGACAAGAGGAAGUAUGAAGAGUGGAAGGCGUCCUUCAUUGCCUGUGUCGAUUCGUCACCGGCUACUCCAGAGUACAAGUUCCUCCAGAUGAAGCAGUUUCUGGGCGGGGACGCGUUGCAAGUCGUCGCCAAUCUAGGCUACACGCAGAGAGGCUAUGAUACAGCCAAGGCACGGCUAGAGAAGAAGUUUGGCGGCAAGCGCCGUCAAGUCGCAAUGUAUGUGGAGGAGCUGGCUCGGUUUACCGGCAUCUCCGGAGACGACCCCAGGGAGCUUGAACGCUUCGCGGAUUUACUUGAAGUCGCUACAGUGAAUCUGCAAGAUGCUGGUCAUUUCGCUGAGCUUCAGGCCGGAACAUUCUACAUGAACCUGCUUCGGAAGCUGUCUGAGAAGCUCGUCGCCCAAUAUCAGCGGUGGCUAUUUGAGCAACGGAAGCAAGAGUCGGUUCUCGCUCUGUUAGAGUGGGCUACCCAAGAGGCGGAGUUCCUCGUUACGGCAACGGAGACAGUACGAGGGAUGACGCGGUCCCGGCAACCCAGAUGGAGCAAGCCGACCACGAAUGCCAGCGGCAACAGUGAAAAGGCCCGGACCUAUGCCAGUUUCAGCACCAGCUCAACCCCGCAGAAACCGCAGAAGUCGCCGAAGUGCCCCACUUGCGAAGGAGAGCACGGUAUCUGGCGGUGCAAGGCAUUCCUGGAGAUGGACAACGUACAGAGAUGGACUGAGGCCCGGCGAGCAAAUCUCUGCUAUCGCUGCUUGGCAUUUGGACACCGAGGUGGUGAAUGCAAGCGUGGUUGGACAUGUGGAGUAAACGGCUGCCAGGAUAAUCAUCAUCGUCUCCUCCACGCUACGAAGGGUGGUGCGCAGAAAGGCACGCCGUCUAGUGGCCAAGCCAAGGAUACACCCAGUGAUGCCGAGAGUAAGAACCGGACAGGCGAAUUAGGUGGUUCUUGUCACGCAGUGCAGGCUGUUACCGAGGGGGAGCUAACAGCUGGAGCGACAAUGGCAGCUCACUCGUAUAGCAAGGUGGCACUACGGAUUGUGCCAGUGAUGUUACGCAACGGCCCACAGGCAGUCACGGUGAAUGCCUUACUGGACGAUGCUAGUACAACCAGCUACAUCAACACAGCCGUGGCUGGCCAGCUCGGCAUCAGUGGAACUUUGCGACGGUCGACAGUCAGUACAUUGAAUGGGAAGGUGGAGACCUUCAUGACAGCACCGGUCAGCUUUACCAUCGCUAGUAUGGAUAACUCGUAUCAGCAAUCGGUGACAGCGUUCACCACAACGAACGUAACCGGAGACCUACAACCUGUGGACUGGUCGCAAGAGGCUGAGAAGUAUGGUCACCUCCGGGAUAUUCCCUUCCCGGCACUGCGCAAGCCCAACGUCAUCGAACUGUUGAUUGGAAGCGACAAUGCAGAGCUAAUGAUGUCCCGUCGAGACAUUAGUGGCGCUCCCGGACAACCAAUAGCACGUCAAACACCGCUGGGAUGGACAUGCGUCGGCAAAGUACAUGCAGCGGACACAGACUCGCACCAAGAGGCCUUCCACGGCCAGUCUUUCCUGUGUUACGGCGGCCCAUCUGUGACAUCACUUGAGGCAACGCUACAGCGCUUCUGGGAGGUAGAGCGCUACGGCAUGAGUGAUGGACUCCAGGAGCCUGGCAUACGAUCAGCCGAGGAUGAGAGCGCGCUCAAGACAGUGCAGCGGGCUAUCCAGAUGGUGGAUGGACGAUACCAGGUUUGCAUACCAUGGAACAGCAGGAAAGUUGAGCUCACGAAUAACAUUGUGAUGGCCAGGAAACGGCUGACAAGCACAGAGCGCCGCCUGCAAAAAGAUAGCACAGUUGCAGCGGCCUACCGAGAUGUGCUGAAGAGCUACGAGGACAAAGGCUACAUCCGGGAGCUUGGUGCAGCAGAAACGGAACAAGAUCAGUGCUGGUAUCUGCCACACUUCGCAAUCGUAAGGCCACAGAAGACCACAACAAAAGUUCGCAUAGUAUUCGACCCCGCAGCUAACUACCGUGGACUGAGUCUGAAUGAUGCAAUCAACCCGGGGCCAAGGCUGCAACGAGACCUCUGUGACGUCCUGACAAGGUUUAGAAGAAAACCAGUUGCGAUCGGAUGCGACAUCUCUGAGAUGUACCUACAAGUGGCAUUAGCACCGGAAGACAAGCCGUAUCAUCGCUUUCUGUGGCGGGACAGGCCAGACGCUGAUGUGCAGCACUACGAGUUCAAUCGCCUCGUCUUCGGGAUCAAUGCAUCGCCAUUCCUAGCUCAAUAUGUGGCGCAGCAAACAGCGCGAGAGCAUGCAGUUACGCACCCUCUGGCAGCGGAUGCAAUCCUGGCAUCGACGUACAUGAACGACACCAUGGAUUGA